UUCUUCCCAGAUCAGCUCACAUGAAGUCCACAGAGUUUGGAACUUGAAAAAGUAUAUUUCCAUUCCUCCAUCCUCCUUGGAGCUGAGUAGUCCUCUCUACUCCCUUUGAUCUCACAGUUAGAGACCACUCAGCUUCUCUUUGAUCACUUCCAAACUCUCCUUUAGCAAUUAGAACUAAGCUUUGAACUUUAGCCCUGAGCAAUGGCCUCCAGUUCUCUGAGAUCCUCAGGCAGCUCGAACAGCUCCUGGACCCUGAAGGAGAACAAGCUGUUCGAGCAGGCCCUGGCGAAGUAUGACAAGGAGACCCCCGACCGAUGGCACAAAGUAGCCCAAGCUGUCGGGGGGAAGACACCUGAAGAGGUGAAGCGCCACUAUGAACUGCUUGUCGAGGACAUUAAGCACAUUGAGGCCGGUCAUGUGCCGUUCCCCAAUUACGGGUCCUCCAGCAGCAUGGGAGGCCGCAGGGUGGCUCGUGAGGAGCAAAGGCUGAAGAAUUUAAAGCUGAACUGAAACAAAAGCUAGAAAGCAAUAGAUAUGUUCGCUUGCAGUAGUAGGAGUAUCGUUCUCUCUGGAGAUGCAGAUACAAGUAAAGAAUUCUAUGCAUAUUGGUGAAUCUAAGAAGAUCAAAUAUCACUGAUCUCUGAAGCCUUAUCCCUUGUGUAUCUUCCAUUGUCUUCGCUGUUCCAUCCUAUUGUAAAUUAACUGAAAAACUAUGUUGUAAACAUGUCUGGUUAGUCGUCUUGUUGUUGUGCUUGUUAGCUAAUAAAAGUAAGUUUGAUA